AUGGCCGAUCUUCAGGCAACCGUCGAGUUCGCGGUCGAGUUGUACAAAUUCUACAAUGUGGAUCUGUUUCAGCGCGGGCUCUAUCAAGUGCGAUGCUCGCUGCGCGUUUCGCCCCGGCUUCCGGUGCAGGUCGAGACGUGCCUGCCGGAUGCGGCCACCGCCGGCAUCCCAUCGGUGCAGUCCGUACUGAACGCACAGAAUGGUGGUGGCGCAACGAAUGGCAGUUCGAGUGGGACGCUCCCCGGCGGCAGCGGAACCGGAACCGGCAGUGCCGGUGGCUCCCUGCCGAGCAGUAACCCCGGGGGUGGCACCUCGGCCGGAAGCAGCGGUGUGGGCGGUUGCAUAUCCGGUAGCAACGGGCACGCCGCCUCGACGGGCUCCGGCACGACGGUCAGCCGACCGGAAGGUGGAUCAUCGUCGGGGGGAAAUGUCAUGAGUGGCUCGUUGUCGUCGAUGCCGUCGAGCGUGAACACACCGAACUCGCUGGCCACCAACUCCGGCUCGUCCGGGAUCGGGACCUCGUUCGACUCGGCUAACGGACUGACGGGCGCCGGAGCGGGAGGCGGUGGCGGUGGUGCGGUAGGUAGCGGUGCCGGUGGAGGUAGCUGCGGCAACUCACCGACCGCCAGCUCCGAUAGCCGGUCCGGGGCGACCAUCAUCGACGACGCUGGCGCCUCCCGGGUCUUUCAGAUACUCUACCGCAACGAGGAGGUGUCACUGCGUGACGUUAUCAUGUUCCGGGCGCACCUGCUGGUUGACAGUCGGCACCUGAAGGAAUCGAUCGAGCGGGCCGAGUUCUCACUCAACCUGGAGCUGUGGUUCGGCGAGCAAACGAACGGCAACAUCCUGACGCUGGCCUCGACGCGCACCCUGCAGCUAAACUUUCAUCCGGGCCGCGGUCUGCACUACCAUCUGCCGGUCCUGUUCGACUACUUCCAUCUGGCCGCCGUCAGCGUUGGAAUCCACGCGAGUCUGGUGGCGCUGCACCAGCCGUACAUCAAGAAAAGCAUUUUCCAUUAUGUACAAAGCUGUGCACCGAAAUCGACCAAACCGUGGAUGGGUGGCUCGAAGCUGAACUGUCGCGGCGGCAACUCGCCCGGCCCGCUGGAGGCCAUCUUCUUCGGGCCGCAGGUGGGCAGCGGGGCCAAGUGUGGCGGCGGUUCCGCCGGCCGGCUCGUGCACGCCCGAAACGUCCACCGGGACAUCUGUGCCUUGCUGCUGGGGGCGCUCGAGUCGCUCCGGGUGUCGCUGCAGGAGUUCUGCACGGUGCUGCCGCCCCAGUGGCAGGCGCUGACCGGGUCCACGCCCCUCUCCAACCUGGACACCGAGCAAAGACUGAGAAAGCUGUCCGAUCUGGCCAAGCUACUGGACACGGAGGAUGACCUGGCGGCCAGGGCCAACUCGGACAUUGCGCAGCUGUGCGCCGAGUGCAUCCUGUACUGGCGCCGGGCCCUGUCCGCCGCCACCCAGCCCGCCGUCCACGGGCUGCUGGCGAAGAAGCACCACACGCUGCGGGUCCGCCGCUUCGCCGAGGGUUUCUUCGUGAUCGACAACCCGCGGCACCUGGCGAGCGGGUGCUACGACUCGAACUACCAGAACUACGUGUCGAUCUGCGAGAUGGCGCGCCGCUCGCGCUACCUCUCCUCGUUGCCCCCGCUGCCCGUGCACUGUACGCCGCUCGACGGGGACGCCAACUCGUUGCCGCUGAUCUUCGAGGAUCGCUACACCGAUGGCCACGAGCACGGCAAGCGGCGAUCGGGCAGUGAGCCGCACCUGAACGGAACGGGUGGCAGCGGCGGCGCCGCCGUCAGCAUCGCAUCGAGCCUCCUCGUCAAACCGAACGCCACCCCGGCCCCGGUCAACAACAACACCGGCAAAUCGCUCCACCACCAUCAUCCGAACAAGAUCGCUCCGAUGAUCACCCCGAGCUUGGCGGGGAAGGAGUGUUCCUGCGGUCUCGGACCGUGCUAUGGGCCGAUGGAACCGAUGCCGAAGCUGUGCGGUAACUACAUGGGCAUCAUGACCCCGCGCUAUGCGCUCGGCGGGGACAUUCUGCAGGCCAGCCUGACGAUCACGCCGGCGGCCGCAGCCUCACAGAACGGGCUGGGGCUGAAGACCCUGUCCCGGCACUCGGUGGCCACCCUGCUGGGCCCGGAUCCUGGGCCUCCCGUGGCCGACGUGUGCCAGUGGGACCAGGCAGGCUUCAAGGGGCUGUACACGGCGGCCGGGGCCGGACCGCAGGGUUUCGGGGGCGGUGCCACGCUACCCACUCGUCACAGCAAGUCCCUCGAUCAACUCGAGCUGGCCCCGACGGCUUCGUUGCCGCGGGCUCACGUGCACGGCGCGGCGCACAAUGGAUACCACGGCAACUACCAUCCGCCGCAGCAACCGCAGCCGCAGCCCGUCCGGCAGUCGAUCGUUUACCAGCCACCGCAGCACCAGUACGCGGCCGGAGUGGCCCUCCUGCAGACGCUGCCCAAGGCGAAGCCUAAGAACCCGGUGCAGGCGGAGGACCUGCUGAAGAACAUCAACGAGUUCCGGGAGAAGUACAAGAACCCGGGUGACCCGCGGAAGAUACUGCACGCGGGCGGCACGGCCACGCACAACCCGACCUACGACCUCCAGCAGGAUGCCCUGGUCGGGAUGCCGGGACUGCUCAAUGGGUACGGGCAGCGGCCGGGUCACGGGGAUUACCGGCACGAGCUAAAACCGGACCGGUCGGUGCACCGCUCGGCUCACCACUCGGUCGAUCCGACCGCAGUCGGUGGCCAACCGGCGGCGACGACCCUGGCCACCUACUACAACUCGCUACCGAAGGGUGCCGGAUUGGGGCUGGGAAGUAACGGGCCCGCCGGUCCAACGGCACCGCGGAGUUCAUUCCCGCCCGUUCGCAGCAAAAAGCAGCCCCAACAGCAGCAGCAGCAGGCCAGUUCCUGUUCGCUGCCCACCAAGUCGGCGUCGAAUACGAUCCCGCGGAGCAACUCGUCGCAGCAGCUGCGGAACGGGGCCGGGGCCCGGGAGCAGCAGCCGGUCAACAGUGCCACGUUGCCGCACCGCUCGGUGGAGUUCUCGCGCAUCCGCGUGACCGACUUCCGGCAGCUGGUGACGGCAAACAAUGGGUCGGGUGGGACGCUGCUACCCACCACCGCCACCGGUGGCCACUCGAGCAGCUCCGACAGCCCGGAACUGACGCCCAGGACGCGCACCAAGCAGCGCCGUCUGCUGUCGUCGGCCAGCGUACCGUUCCAGCUGGAGAACCUCGAACUGGAGCCGGCCGCCGGUGGGGUGGUGACGAGCGGCGGUGGCACCGGUGGGUUCAGCGAGAGCCUCCCGAACCUGGCCCCACCACCGGCCGCGUUCGCCGGGCGUGAUUCGCCGCCGCCACCGACGGGAACCACGUUCCGUCUACGGCGUCGCCAUUCGAGCAGCGAAUCCACCUCUUCGCUCAGCGAGCAAUCCGGUUGGGUGUCGAGCAGACGGAGCUCCGGCCCCUCCAGUCCCGACACGCUGCGUAACGCCGACCAGCAGCGGGUUGUGAACGGGGAACAGCUCCGCAAGAAACUCCUGAAGUUGCUGAACGAACAGCCGAGACCGGCGGCCACUGGUGGGGGUCAACGCAAGAACAGCACAGUCUCGUCAACGGCCGAGUUCUUUGCCCGCAGCAACCAGGGCUCGAUGAAGUCGAAACCGGCGGCGGUGGCUCCGGCGGCGCCGGCGGCCGCCCCACCCGAUAUGUUCCGCGGAAACUCGGUGCAAACGGAGAACUGGCGGAACCUGGAGCGCGACUGGAACGAUACGAGGGCCCGAGCGGCAGCGGCGGUGGCCGCUUCCGGGGCGGCCAACAGCAGUGGACCGUACGGGAUGGUGAGCGGGAAGCGAGCGCCCGAAACGGCACCACAGACCAUCAGCACGGCCGACAUUCGGCCGCCGAGGCGCACCAAGAAGGAAAAGUCCAAGUCUGACUUCGACCUGGCGCACAUCUCCGACUACGUGUUCGAAGAUCUGCGGCUGCUGCCACCGCAACAGUUCCGUGAUGUGCCACCACCUCCGGACGAGUUCCGCGAUCCUCCGUCGCUGGUCGACGCUACGGGUACGGCGGCGGGCCGAGGCACCUCCCGCGGUUCCAAAGGCUCCAAAGGGUUGAGCCUGGCACCGCUCAGUAUUCCGCCGCCGGAAGACGCACGGCAGCAGCAGGUGCAGUACUACGCGACGCUCCCGAAAAGUAACCCUCCGCAGGUGGCCCCCCUGUCGGUCGUGUUCCAACCGCAGAUCAUCACGGCUCCACACUACGCCACUCCGGUUCCGGUGGCCCAGCAACAGCAGCAUCACCAGCCGUCGCACUACAGUAAACCCGGCCACAACGCGGGGCCGCACCCGAGGAAGACGUGUGAGGUGCAGGCCAUCGACAAUCCGCUGUACCACAUCAUGUACCACAAGACCGCGGCGCGACCCAUCAUGAAGUCCCAGAGCUCAAACGAGUUGGCCGCCAUUGCCAAGUGUGCCGAGACGCUCAACAAUGCCGGUGGCGGGGCCAGUGCCCGCCGGACCAACGCCGGCGUCACGAGUAGCAGCGGCAACCUGGUACAGCACCAACCGAUCGGCCCGCCGCACUACGGCCCACCCGUGGUGCCCGUGGCCACGAUGGAGCGGAAAAGCUCCGUCCGGGAGAUGACGCCGGGCAGCACCGAUCCAACUCCGGUGGCGGCACCGCGGCGCACCAGCAAACCAUCCGAGUCGGCGGCACCACAGCCCCCGCCACCGACGGCAGAGGAAGAUCCGGACGAAGAUCCGGACCCAUCCCGGAAGCGGGUCGACCCGCCAAUGCAGUUGCUGGAGUUUGAGAAGUGCCGCGAGGAGUUCCGCAAGCAGAUCAACUACUCCGGCUCGAUCUACUCCGACUUCCAGCGGCUGGCGUCGGACAUGCCGUACUUCCACAUCGCCGACGAGUUCCGCGCGUUCUCGCCGGCCGGCCUACACCUGGUGAUCUGCCUGCACGGGCUCGACGGCAACUCGGCCGACCUGCGGCUGGUGCGCACCUACCUGGAGCUGGGGCUGCCCGGGGCGCACCUGGAGUUCCUGAUGUCCGAGCGCAACCAGGGCGACACGUUCUCGGACUUUGACACCAUGACCGACCGGCUGGUGGCCGAGGUGCUGUUCCACAUCGAAACAUAUCAGCUCAACCCGGCCCGCAUCUCGUUCGUGGCGCACUCGCUCGGCACCAUCAUCGUCCGGUCGGCGCUGGCCCGGCCCCAGAUGCGUCCGCUCCUGUCGCGGCUGCACACGUUUCUGUCCCUGUCCGGGCCGCACCUCGGCACGCUCUACAACUCUAGCGGCCUCGUCAACAUGGGGAUGUGGUUUAUGCAGAAGUGGAAGAAGUCGGGUUCGCUGCUGCAGCUCUGUCUGCGGGACGCGGCCGACCCCCGGCAGAGCUUCCUGUACCGGCUCAGCCAGCGGAGCACGCUGCAUCACUUCAAGAACGUGCUGCUGUGCGGGUCUUCGCAGGAUCGCUACGUUCCGCCACACUCGGCCCGGCUCGAGCUCUGCAAAUCGGCCGUACGGGAUCAGUCCAACCUUGGCAUCGUGUACCGCGAAAUGGUGCACAAUAUAAUAGCGCCGAUGUUGGCCCGCCAGGACCUGACGCUGGCCCGGUUCGAUGUGCACCACGCGCUUCCGCACACCGCGAACGCGCUGAUCGGACGGGCGGCCCACAUAGCCGUGCUCGACUCGGAGCUGUUCAUCGAGAAGUUCCUGCUGGUGGCCGGUCUCAAGUACUUUAGCUAG